AUGUCUGCAAUGGAUGUUGAUGAGACUCCUGUCCAGGCUGUAGCGGCGACAGGAUCGAAACGAUUUGAGAUCAAGAAGUGGAAUGCGGUCGCUCUUUGGGCAUGGGAUAUCGUAGUAGAUAAUUGCGCUAUAUGUCGCAACCACAUCAUGGAUCUAUGUAUCGAAUGCCAAGCAAAUCACGCAUCAGAAAAUACGGAGGAGUGCACUGUCGCUUGGGGUCAUUGCAACCACGCCUUCCACUUUCAUUGUAUUUCGCGUUGGCUGAAGACGCGCCAGGUGUGCCCUCUGGAUAACAGGGACUGGGAAUUCCAAAAACCACCUAGUCCGAAGGAUAACCUUGCCCAGAUGUCAGACGACAUGACGACCAUAAUGAAUGACAUAAUAAAGGGUGUGGAAAAUCAGGUUGUCGACGCGGGCGCCACGGACGUGAGCAUCCUCGAACAGCAUGACUACGCCGCACGGGUUGUGUACUACUCGUGA